AUGGUGUCGGCUCGCGGAAUCCCUCUCCUCCUCCUUGAGUCCAGAAGCAGCCACACACUAUCUUCAUCUCCCCAGCAUUCUUGGCGUUCCCCGUCGCCCCGGCCCGCUUUUCUCCCGUCCUCUCUCUGCCCUCGGCCCCCGUCCCCGCCCUGCGAUCGCCGGAGGGGGCGUCGGGGUUCGCGCGCCAGAACCCGGCUCCUCCGAAGCCCCCUCCAGGCCCCGCCGCCCCCCUCGGGCCCCCCGGCCCCCGCCUCCUCCCCUUCUCCCCCACCCAACGGCUGCUGCUUCGGGCUUCGCGGCUCAAAAACAACAGCGGAGGCGCCGCCAGCUCCGCGCUCCGCCACUGCCCAGGCCGGCGGGCGGCCCUCGGACCCGCCGCCCUCGGUCUUGCGCGGAGCUGCGGAGGCCGACACGCCCAGCGCGGGGGCACAGCGCGGGGGCGGCGGUCCGAACACCGGGCGUCCUUGGCGGAUCGUCCCCGCCCGCGCGCUCCUGCCGCUGCACCCCCGUCGGGCUCCGCCGCGCCCCCAGGAGGCGAAACGCAGCGGCCCUGAGAACCCCCGAGACCCCGGUGUCUUAGCAGAGGCGCCUCGGAUGCGGAGGGGCGCGGGGUCGGCGCUACCCCAGAGGAAAAGCCCAGCGGAGCCAGGCUUGGCCGCAGCCGGCAGCGGCGGUGUGCGCCGGGCCUUCUGCCUUGGAUCCUCCGCAGUCGGCACUGCUUGCCUGCUCGGAUUCGAACCCCGAUGCGGCUCCCAGGGGUCCAGGGUGCCCAGUCCUACAGCCAGCUCGCCGCCACCGGAGCCCCUGCCGGAGGAAGCGCUCCCUAGUCGCCGCUGCGGCUGUUUCUGGCAAAAGGUGAGUGUCCUCCAGAGAAGGGCCGUCAGCAAUGGCACAGCCCUGGUCCCCGCCAUCCUUCCGAGGGUCUAUGGACCUCCCCACACCCUGACCAUCUUUCGACAGGGGCUGGACCACAGAACAGCUGUGUUUAGCGCCCGGCCCAGCUCUGGGGGUCUUGCUCUGCCUCUCAGGCUGGGGCACCACUGAAGUCCUGGAUGGCCAAGGCGGGCCCUGAACCUGCUCACCCGAGUGUGGGGGAGGUGCUUGAGCCCAGGAACACAGGCACUGUCCUGCCUAAACCCCGCCAAGGGCAGGCUUCCAACCGUGGGCCCAGCCUGGCUGGAGCUGCUGGCUACAAAGGACUCAAAGUCACUCCCAUACUGGGCACCCCAGGUCCCUGCCUACUCCUGCCUGAAGCCUCCAGGGACUCCAGAGGAGGCCUGGGGUAGUUACUAUGGUGCCUGCAAAGCACUCCCACCUGCAGAGAGGGUCUCUACCCCAUCCUCACCCUGCAGCCCAGCAAAGGCCUCCUUUUCCCUUGCCCUGGAGGUUGCCAAUGGAUGCCAAGCUUUCGUAUCCCUGGUGCUCUUGGGGUGCCCCAGCUCUCUCGGUCCCUCUCCCUGCCCACUCCUCCAGCUCAGGAGGUGAUUCUCAGAACCCUGGCCAGGCUAGGGCAGGACAGCCAUCCCUGGCACUGUUGCCAGGGCCUAGGGAAGAAGGGCAGGAGGCAUGGGAGCAAGCUGGUCUGUGCCGCCUGGUCCCUGCUCUUCGCCAGGCUGUGGGGUAGGGAUGGGGUCACUGCUUCUCCGGUUCUGCCAGGGGAGGGGUAGCUGCUGGUCAAGGCUGGCCAGGGAGAUGGCCGAGCUGCCCACCUGAAAGGUGCCCAACCAAGCAGCUCUGGCUCCAGUGUCUCCCAGUCUGCUGGAGGAGCCCAGGCAGGCUGUUCCCAAGGCCAUGGCCCUGGCUGAGGUUUCGUCCUGGCCUGACCAGGCCCUGCCCCCGCGUGGCCACACUUAGAAGCGGAGAGCAGGUCAGGCCUUGUUGAAGAGUCCCGUGGGGAGAAAGGGUGAAGCGGGGAAGGGCAGAUGCAGGUCCUCCCUGGGGUGCAGUUCUGUGUCCCUGCCUGGCAAGGGCUUUGGGGAGCUUGGGUAACAAGUAGGGCAAGCGGAGGCCCAGUGGGGCAAAGUUUGAUAGUAAAAGGUUUGAGGGCAGUUUUCAAACCAAGUCUAGCUCUGCAGAGCCUUGGGGCUGAUGCCAGGUCCUGGGACCUCUGUGCUGGGACUGUAAGUGCUGUGAGCUCAUUCCCAGUGACCUUCAUAGCUGGGGCCUAGGAGACUAGAGAGGGGCUUUUACCUCCGCCUUCUGCUGGGGUCUGGGCAGAAAUGGAACCCAUGGAAACUGCAUUUACCCAUGAGUCCUGCAGACUCCCAGUGCUUCCAGUGCCCAUAGACCCAUGAGCAAGUGAAUUCCUUAGGGAAAAGGCCAGGCUUAAAAGCUAGAAAUGCUGGUCCUGCAGUGCUGGAGGAAGUGUCUUACUAGACAUCAUGUAGGAGGGCCCCAAGCCCCAGGGGUUCCCCAGAAACCCACUGAGUAGCAAAACUACCAAUAGGGCCCACCCUGCACUCCCAGAGUCUACAAAUGCAUUCAGGGCUAGAGGGCUCCUUGGCUUGGCCAGGCUUUGUGCCCCGUGUGAACUGGCAGGGUCAGAGCUGCCCCUGCCGCCCCUCCUAGCCCUUCAGACCCCAGGGAGCCCUGCUUUGGGCUGUGUGUGCAGGACAGGAGUGGGCAUGGCACCUAGCAUUCGUUCUCACCCCUUUCCCUCCUGGUCCUCUGUGCAUUUUUGAACUUGACCAUGGUCUUUCAGACACUUGGCCUCAGGCGCUAUUGAAUUCCAGGGCAAGUUUUGCUCACUCCCCACCCCCACCUUGUUCCUUUAGGAAAAACUCCAGGUAGCAAAGAAGCACAUAGCCGCUAGUUUACCAACUGGGUUUCCUGGGAGAUUGGAAAUGCCCCAGGAGGGAUCCAGACGGCCCCCACUCACCCCACCCCCAAUACCUGGGCCACUGAGUCAGGCCAGGAUGAGGCUGCGGCUCUCUGCACGUUCUCCUGCCCCCUACUUGGUGGGAAUGUCUCCCAGACUUGAGCAGCAGGAGGCAGGAGACCACAGGAGCCCUUGGGGAUGGCUGACUUGGCUCCCACAAACAGAGGGGACGUGGAGGAGGGCUGCUGGACCCCACACCUAGCAGGGGGCUCUAUGCGGGAAGGAGCUUGUGCUUGGUCUAGAAUGGUGGGUGUGGGGGGAGAACAGGCCACCGGAAAGGCCAUUUCUUCCCUAUUCAGGCCUCUGAAAUGACCCGAAGUGGGCGCUUUCUCCAGCAUCAUGCCCCAGCCGCAUACCAGGGCCACAGGAAUCCCCCCAGACUCUGGGGUCAAUAUUUCAGGGCUCCUUUUCACCUUCCUCCCACCCACCCAGGCCUGGGAAAGCUUCCUGUGCACCAGAGUUCUUGGAGAGGACAGGACACAGUUCCCAGUCUGGCCCAGCAGUGGCAGGGCUUGGUUCCUGUGCCGCUCAGAGGUGGGAGCCUCCCAAAGCCGAUACCUGAUUCCUGUUCCCAGAGUGGGGAACUGGGAGGAGUAGAAUUCCCAGGAAUGCCAGUCGUGUCCCUGAUUUCCAACAAACCCCAGAUGUACGGAAACAUCUUCUGAGUGCAGGGGGAGCCUUGUCUCUUGCAGAUGGGCUGCUUCCGGGGGGACCGCCGGGCAGUGGCAGGCACAAUGCUGUGGCCGCCCUGGUGGAGUCCCUUUGCCCGCUUCGUGUCCCGCAUCCCUGCUAGGUGCCUGGCUCUAUUGUGCAGAUGUCCGGGUGUCUGGAGCCCCGGAGUGUUUUGUUUUGUUUUGUUUUGUUUUGUUUUGUUAAAGAGGUGGAGAUGGUGAACCUGAACUCCCUGGGUUUCUGCCCCGUGGGGCAGGAGGGAGUUUAAUCCAGGCUUAACCCGGCUCACUGAGAAGGUGCAGGAAGCGCCGAAAGACUCCCGCCCGUGUGCGGCCCACAGUGGGCCGGGGAGCUGCAGUGGCCGAGCCGCUGGGGGUCUGCAACCGGGAGCGUCCCGGCGGCUGGGAGGAUACAGGGAAUCGGUUUCCCACGCUUUUCCUGUUGAUCUCAGAACCUUUAAAAAACCGCCAACGAAUGUCGUUACCCGGAUGCGCUGCGGUGUGCCCUGAGCCGUGUGUUCACGCGCGCCCGCAGCCGUGGCCUGGGUCCCCUCCUGCCGCCCGCCGCCCCGGGAGGAGCAACUUCGUUACGCACAGCGCCCGCGUCCUGCGGCCGGCGGGGAACUGCGCGCGGCGGAGGUGGCACGGACCCGCUCCAGAACGCUGCCUGCGUGGACGCGGCCGCUGCCUUCAGCUCCCAGUUCUGGCCGCGCGCGGGCAGCAACGAAAUAGCGAGCCUCGCAGCCUUCCGGGCCCCGCGGCCGCUUCCCGGGAGUCGCCAGGUGGGAUCCCGCCUUCCGCGUCCCCAAACGCCUAGAGCCCGGGACAGGGGCCGGCGGCCGGGUCACCAAGCGGGUUUCCCUAAUCGGCUGGUUCCGGAAUCCACAUUCGGUUUGCAAGGCCCCCUCCUCCCGUCCCUCCGCUGCGCUCCCUGCCCCACUCGAUCCGCCCUCUUAGCUUGAAAACCAAAUUUUGCCUUUGACCCUGCGAGAUUAAUACCCCACAGAUGAAACCGUGGAGACGGAGCUGCGGUGGAUUUCUUCCCCACGCCUCGGUUUCCCCGUCUGUGAAAUGGGGCCAGGCGCGCCUGCCUCCUCCAGGGGGUUAUUGCAGGGCUGGCUAGGGAGAGUGGCUGGGUGGAAGGCGCCAGGUGGAGGCCCGAGGCCGCCCACCCCGUGGGCCUCGUCUGCUAGUUUGCUUGGCCGGGUCAAGGCCUUCGGGAGAGGGCGCGCCCCACCUUGGCUCCAGAGCCAGCGGCAGGUCCGGGUCCUCUCCCCUCACUCCCCCUCCCCCGCCGCCCCUGGAACUCUCCUGCCCCUCUAGGCGAAGGAGGAGAGAAGGCCCAGCUCCUCCACCCCGGGGGCUCCAUCCUCCCACCCCUGCUGCACAGGGUCUGGCCCACCCUGGGCUUUCCUCUCAGGUCCCUUUGGGUUUCCAGAAGCCCCGGAGGUUUCACGCAGACCUGAACCUGAUAUGGCACCACCCGGCAUCCGAAAUCCUGCAGAGGGUGGAGGAGAUUUGGAGAAGAGGCCGGGGCUGCCAGGGGCCUGCGGGGGUGGAAGCAGGUGGGGGAAAAGUGGUGACCCAGGCCCGCGCCCCAGACACGAUGAAGCCGGCAGAAGGGACUGUGCCACCCCUCUGCCCACCUCUGAGGACUAGGUCUUUUGGAACCAGUGGCAGCUGAGUCCCCACACAUCUGGGCGGGGCCCGCAGCAUGGCCUGGCGAGCUGAGACUUAAGGAUCUGAACAAACUACCCCUCUAGGUGUAGACAGAGCAGGCGCAGUGGCAGGAGCAGGGGGCGGUGGUCUGAGAAGACUUUCCCUGCCUCCCACCUCCCGGGGCCGGACCUAGGGAAGGAGGGGAGGGGAGUGGGGUGGCCAGGGGGACACCCAAGGCUCUACCCCUCCGUGCUUUGCCUUCUACUAAUCCAGUCAUCACGGUGUCAGUGGAGACAUGGCUCAAAGAGCCGGCAAGACCAGAGCGGAGACCAGGAUUGCCCCAGGCAGGGAAAAAUGACCAAUUCUUUAGACUGACCCGAAGGUGAUGGAAUCAGUCGGGCGUCCUCCCGGGACAGGGCUGCCCGCCCUGCCGCCAGAACCCCGGCGUUCAUGCCCCCGGGGCUGGAGAGAGCAGCCGGGCGUAGGUAACUCAGGGACUCCAGUCCCUCACCGGAUGCCGAGCUGUGGGGAGCCCUCACCCCCACACCUUGGGUCCCUGGGUCCCCUCAUCAAGGCAGGGGCCCUGAGUGGCAGGGGCACCCCUGUGUGAAGAAUAGUGCCCCCCGCAGCCCCCACAGGUCACCUUUUUGAGGACCUGGGGUCCUGCCCUGGGGACUGGGGUAAACAGGGAAGGUCCAGCCUUCAGCAGCCUCUCCCUGGAGGGGGAGACACCCCUCCCCAUGGCUUCAGGGGAGUUACAAGGGGAACACCCAGGUGGUAUUCAGCAGAGGGGAAGAGGGGAGGGCUUCCAGGGUCCACAGGCAGCUCAGGGAGCGGGGAGACGGGAAAAACUCCAGCUCAGCUUCUGCCUCCUGACCCCUGGGACCCUCGGGCAGCCCCUCCAGCUUCCUGGGAGUCCAGUUUCCCAAGGUAGAGUGGACGGCAGCAGAACCUGGCCCCAUGGUGGUCACAGCUCCCAGGCCAGUGGCAUGUGGUUCCCGGAGCCCUGCAGGUCCCCAUAGAGGCGAGAGCCCUUCUCCCUCCCAGCUGCCCUCUUGCAGAACCCAGGGCUGCUCCCAGAGGCUGUGAGCUGGAGCCCUGGAAGGUAACCACCUCCUGGCUGGACACACAGAGGGCCAGUCAGGGCCAUGUGUGAGGACAGAUGGCUCAGGAGCCCCUGAACUCCCAGUCAAGUCUCAUCCUCCUGACCUUGUCCUACUCUGGUGCUGCCAGUGGGGUGGCAGGUGGCGGUGGGUGUCCGAGGGCCAGCUGGUUUCCUGGCAACUGCAGCCCAAACUUGGCUUCCAUUCACCCGUUCCCUCCUUCGCUCUCGCAGGAGGCGCUGCAAGGCUCGGAGCUCCUGGAGCUUCCAGUCUAUGGCGUGAGUGAAGCAGGAAGGUGUCUCCUCCAUCAGACCUGGAGCUUCCAGCUCACUGUCUCCAAAACCCCAGAACCUGGCCCAAGGCUGGGCUGCGCUCUGUCCUUAGUGAAAGAAUGGAUGAGUCACAACUGAAUGAAGAGAGCUGAGCGAGUAGGUUUCCCUCAGGGCUCCCCAGGCAGUUUCAGCCCAGGGGAAGACCCAGGGAGACGAAGGCGACCUUGCAGGCUGUGGCGGGUCUGGAGGCAGCAGCCCGGGGCAGGGACUGUGCUGAGUGCCUGAGGCCGAGCCACCCCUCUGUAAGCUUCAUCAUCCAUCAGGUCUCAGAGGGCUGCCCUGUGUUCAGUGAGCUGCCAGCACCGUGUGAUGAAGACACAGCAGUGGGCAGCUGCCCAGCCCCUUUGCGCUGUGUUUGAAAAAAGAAGCUGGCUUGUUCAGGGGUUCCCAGCAGGAUGGGGGAGGCGGCAGGGACCAUGGCAGAGCAGAGCGAGAGUUCUAGAAGAGAAGCUGGUCCUUCCACAGGCUCCCUGGCCUGGGUGCUGCGCCAGACAGGGUGCUGGGCAUUGCCCUGCUCAUUUCCCACCCCUGGGUUGCAGCUGGGAACUGUGUGGCCUUCAUAGUCCUGUGAGGUGGGUGCUGUGCUGUGCCCACCUUACAGAUGAGAAAACUGAUGCUCAGAGGCUUGAGUGACCUAGUCAAGGACCUGUCCUUACAGGCAGAUUCGGGACUCAGGGAAGAGCUCCCCGACCACAAAGCCCCAGGGGACUCGCGCUGCAGGGCUGCCACCCUCCAAGGUGUGCAGGGUGGCAGAGAUUCAUCUGCAGAGACAUCUCUGCCUGGGACCCUUUCCUGGGGCUCCUAAGGUGCUAGGAGUGCGAGCGCCAUGAGAGCCCACUGCAGUCAUGCCACCCAGAGGGUACUCUGGCCUCUCGGUCACCUAUGUGCUUCUGACAAUGACCAGGGUCCAGAAUGACUCAGCCAUUGGAGUCUGGAUUUCCUGAGCCCGCCUCUCACUGGUAGGUCCUGAGCCCCCUUCCUUCCCAGCACCCACUCUUAGAGCAGUUAUCCAGGACUGCGCUGCAGCUACUGAGGCCAGGGAGAGACCCUGUGCUCUGGCCAGAGGCUUUGGGGGCUCAGUUAGGACUAACGCACCAAGCGAGUUGUGCUGAGUGUUGAGGCUUCUUCUGGGAAGGUAUUUUCAAUCACCAAAUAUGCCAUUAAAAAAAUACGUGUCAGUAACGUGUGCACUAAGCCUGGACCACAUGGGACAUUGUCGUUCCAAUAAACACGAAUAAGCCAGUUUUCACAUUAGAGAAAUAACAGUUUCUUGUAGAAAUGUGGUGCUUUUGAAAGAGGUUAAUUAAUAAACAGCAGAUAAUUGUUCGUGGCACAUUGUGGCGGAGGGUAAUUUUCAUUUUAGACGAUGGAAGGGCCAAAUACCCCUCCCCACUUAGCAUUUUUCUGUAAUAAUCACCUCGGCUUCACCUCCGCCUUUCAUUUUUACAGCUGGAGCUGCUUAUCACUGCUCCAACUUUCACUAAAAAGGAAAAACUAUCAUUUAAACAAAGCUAUCGAAAACCCAGCAUCAUUUGUGGACUUUUUAACAUAAAUAAAUCAUACAAACUAAGAUUUA